AUAAAGUAGAUAAAUAUGCUUGAAACGGUGGUGUGUGGGUUUUAGGGUUUUUGGCAGCAAGGAUGGCGUCGAGACCAGAGGUAGUUGCGCCGCCUGAGAUUUUCUACGACGAUGCCGAAGCUCGCAAGUACACCUCUUCUUCCCGUAUUGUUCAAAUUCAGGCGACGCUGUCAGAGAGAGCUCUCGAACUACUUGCUUUGCCUGAUGACAGCGUUCCUAAAUUACUCCUUGAUAUCGGUUGUGGAUCGGGACUUAGCGGUGAGACACUCUCCGAGAAUGGACACCAUUGGAUUGGGCUUGACAUUUCAGCAUCAAUGCUUAAUGUUGCGGUGGAGCGAGAGGUUGAGGGUGACCUUUUACUUGGUGACAUGGGUCAGGGUCUAGGAAUUCGUCCUGGAGUUAUUGAUGGGGCCAUCAGUAUAUCUGCGGUUCAGUGGUUAUGCAAUGCUGAUAAAUCCUCUCACAACCCUCGAUUAAGAUUGAAGGCCUUUUUUACAUCUUUAUACAAAUGCUUAUCAAAUGGAGCUAGAGCAGUAUUUCAAGUGUAUCCUGAAAAUAUAGACCAACGUGAAUUGAUUUUAAAUGCUGCAAUGCAUGCUGGAUUUGCUGGUGGUAUAGUGGUGGAUUUUCCACACAGUUCUAAGAAGAGGAAGGAGUUUCUUGUUCUCACUUGUGGUCAACGCUCGGUAAAUGUGUCCAUUUCCAAAGGUAAAAAUGAAGAUAGGGAGAGUUGCUCUGAUGAGGACAGUGAAGAUGAAGAAAAACAGACAGUAUGUAUAUCAGACAGGCAUAGACCGCGGAAGAAACAGAAGAAUAAUAAGAGUGGCAAGGGAAAGGAAUGGUUACUAAGGAAGAAAGAGCAGAUGAGAAGAAGAGGAAAUGUUGUUCCUCCAAAUACCAAGUACACGGGUCGGAAACGGAAGGAUCGCUUUUGAUCUUGUCUGGCAUUUGCCUCAGGGUCGUGAGUAUGAAAAGCUAGUCCUAUUUGUUAUUUGUUAAUUGCCGUUACCAAUUGCAUCUUGCUCGGGUCUUGAAGGCUACUCAUACAUGCACGUUCCUGCAGUCAAAGGUGUUUGAUGGAAGCCUUGAAGGAUAUGUGGUAUGUUGGAAUCAGUUUUGUUUUUUCUUUUCUUGAGGGGAAAUCCUCAGCCAUUGGGGCUAUGAUUUUGUACGUGUUUUUAAAAUACCGAUAAAUAUCAUUUUUGCUUUAGUUGUAUCUAUUUGGCCAACUUAUGCAUUUAAAUGUGAGGCGCACAAUUCCAGAAUACAAGUAGCUUUUCAAGUUAUGAGUGAUUA